UGAGAGAAGAAACGAAAACGACGCCCCCGAACGAUCUUCUGUGUUCCUUCGUAAAUAACCACUGUCAUAAAGACAAUAAAAUUUAACAACGUACGCACUACGCAAUUCCAGUCCAGUUUGUAUUGUUGCGUUCUCUAAAAUAAAGCCAUACGUUUUUGCAAUGCAGUGCAGUUGUUCCCGCUGGUGUUUCUAAAGUUGUGCUAAGUAAAUUACACGAAAUGACGGUAACAAACCGACGAAUCCCGCGACUCGCGAAUCAUCGAGCCCACCUGCCCCAUCCGCAACAUUUCCAGCAUCCGGGCGGGUUCGCCAGCGGUGGAGCAGGCGGCAUGAUCGCUGGGGUGUCGAACAACGGUGCAGUGGCUGGCGCCGGUGGGUUAAAUGCGGAUGAGCAGCAGCACGGUGGUGGUGGCAAUUCAGCGCUCAACGGGGAGGAAGAUGGACAGUACAGUUUUGGGGUACCGUUCCCGAAACAUGUUCCCUUUCCAAAUAAGGACUUCAGUUCGGAAGUGAUGAAUGAAUUUAUUAUCUUUAUGUUUACCGCAAUAGCCAGUGCGACGCAGUUAUUACAUCUGUACCGAACGGUAUGGUGGUUGCCGAACUCCUACACGCACCAGGCUGUGAAUUUCUACUUGAUUGAUUUUAAUCUAUCAAUUUUUAUUUACGUGAUGGUAAGCCGGCGGCUGAUCUACUGCUGCUUUGUUAAGCUCAUCGAAGGUCACUUCCCAGAUGCUUACGUGGAUAUUAGUAAAAAGAUAAACAAAUAUGUUUUCUUGAUCGUUCUAUCUCUCACUUUCACCUACUUUGGGAUAGAAAUAUUUCGAAAAAGCAGUUAUCUUUAUUUGUUCUGUCUAUCAUAUCCGUUCAUACUGUUCUUGACAAUUUUCGGAUUUAAUCUGGAGCAAUUCUUACGAACAACCGUCGACACUGGAGAUAAUUGCAUUAACGGAAUGCCAGUGCAUAGUUGUUCCUCGAACGCAGCUACCGUUCGAGCAGAAAUCGACACGCUUAAAACGGAUUUCAACAAUCGAUUCAAACAAAUAAUCUUCACUUCGGUGUUGAACGCAUAUUACACCGGCUUUGUUCCGUGUGUUAUUGUUCCGAAGCAGUUGUACUACGAUAUAUUUUGGGCAACGCAACAUCUAGUGUUCGUCUUCAUCGGCGGUUUCACCAUGUGUGUGACCUACUGCUUCCCGGUUAAGUAUUGCGACGUGUUCCAUCGGGCUGCCUUGCACCUAGGACAGUGGAGUCGCGUUACUCACCGAGCACAUCAUCCGCCGCCAUACGCUUGGUCCAAAACGACCAUUUUUCCUUAUGGGACGUACGUAAAAUAUAUGGGAGAGGUUUACCGAGCAUCCGCAUUCAGCACUUCCGCCAUUCCAGCCAAUAAUAGUCACAUACGAUUCUUUACCAUCUUUAAAAAUCCAGUUCUGAUUUACAUGAUCCUUUUUGGAAUUCAGAUUUCACUGGUUGUUCUACAACUGUUAAUCCUUUGUCUGUCACGUGAAUGGCACUAUCUAAUUUCGCUUGGUUUUUUGCUGCUGACUAACUUUUUUACUCUGUUCAGAAUAGCCCGAGACUAUUUGAUUGCAAAACGGAUAUAUGCUGGUGAGAAUGCAGUUCACGACAAGUAUAAGACGCAGUAAUUUAAAAGGUAAUGACUGAUUUGUUUAUAACUUAUAACAAAUAUUUAAUCUCCAUUCGAACAAAGCUUACUAAAGCGCAACA